AUGUUUGGGACAUCCUCCGGUAGUAGGCCUACAUUUGGUGUCACUAUGGAAGAAACAGCAUCUCCAAAUCAGUGGUUUUUUCAGGAUACCGAGAAUUUCUCAGCGACGGCGACCCCAAGCCUUGCGAUGCCGGCGGUGAACCCAUUGACAAGCUGUAAUGAGCAGCAGUACUAUCCACACGAAGUUUCUAAUGAUCAACCUAAGAAAUCUGCCAAAAGUACCUCCCUUGAGCCACGAUUACGCCGUAUUAGGGCCAAUAACAGAGAGAGGAGGCGUAUACAAGCAAUUAACGAUGCAAUGGAAGCUCUAAGAAAAGCUAUCCCAAGCACAAACAAUAAACGUAAAUUGACUAAAUUAGAACUUUUGCGACUCGCGCAAGAAUACAUAAGACAACUCUCAGAAAUGCUUUGUUCAAGCACGUCUCCUUUCGAAGAUGAAGUUGUAAAUGUAAGUUUUUCCUACCCUGCUUACACAAAUUAUUUUCCAGAGACUUGCUUUACAAAUUAGAGCUUUUUUGUAUGAAAUAAGUUGAGUUACGGUACUAAAAAACAGAGAACUUCAUCAGCGGAACCGAUAAAAAUCUUCGGAGAAGCAUGGUCGAUGUUCCUUACUGCCUGGUUGACACGGGGUGUAAUUUUUUUCUAUCGAAAUUUGUAAACAAGUCAGACACACAGAAAGUGCAUAUGAUCUAACUGCAGUGCGGUGAUGAAUGUAAUAUUUAACAAGUUGUAAAAAGGUCGAUGUCUAAAUGGGUAAAAAAAGAUUUCAUAGUACUUUAUAUCAUCUUUCUCAAUAUCCGAAAUCUAUAGGAAAGCUUUUUCCCCCAAUAAAAUACAUGAGUGGAAUUAAACGCCUAUGCUUCCUUACUAUAUCAGCUUUAAUGGUUUAAUUGAAGGGGAGGAAACAUUUUGUAAAUCAAGCUAUUACAACAGCAAACAAUAAAGACAAAAAAAACUGUGUCAUACUCUCGUACGAUCCAUUUUUUUUUCAUAAAGUGAGUCUUGCUCAAGUUAUUGUGUAAUUACUGUUAGUAACAUGGCCUUUUAAAAGGUUUCCUAACAAGAUUUUUCAACCUUAAUGUAUAGAAAACUUUUCUUUUUACAUUUUUCAAAUAACCUCCUCUGUUUUCAGCUCCUUUGAGUACUUUUUCAACAGUUCUUGUGCAAUCUGUACCGAGGAUGUUCCAUGCAUGUUGGAUGAAUGAUUGUAAAUUAAGUUUCCAAUUAAGGAGAAUUAUUUAAAGUCUGGUUAACAUGGUAUAAGAUACAUAAAAUAUUGAAUACCCUGACAAACAUGUCUGCAAACAAAGUUGUUUUAUUAUUACUGACAAGGUCAAGUAAUUCCAAUACUUACAAUUAGCACGUGGUGUCAAGUAUAGCUUCCGAUUUAACGGAAAUCAACAGAGAAAACAUCAAUAGUUGAUAAAAGAGGAUAUCCAAGCUUUUAUCUAUCGCAGUAUUUCCUUUUUUUUCCGGUUCUUUUCGAUAAAAUUUAAUUUGAAUGUUGCACUCCUUAGAUAACGCUCUUGAAAAAGAAUCUUUAUGACAACUGAUCUUUAUUUGCUCACUUUCGUUUCAAGUAAAAGACCACACCAUUUCAAACUGUUCACAUUUUUUCCCGCGACAACUCCAGUUAUCCCUUCAGGCAGCAUUCAACCAAAUCUGAUGAAUUCAGUGGUUGAGUUGAAAGGAGUUAUUUACAAUACUUGUGGCUUUGGAUACAAAGGCCCUCUAAGUGAUGAUUGAUAUGUUUCUAUGUAGGUACCAGAACUGCUAAAUAAAAUUCCCGUCAGGUUUUUCUCCAUUCGUGUAUUUUGA